AAUUUUACUAAAACAUCACCUUAGGAAUUAACUUCCCUCUUAUUAAAAAUAAAAAUCCAAUCUUUGUUCUUCAACUAAAGGAUAUAUCCAAUCAAAAACCAAGGAAAUGAAAAACAUUUUGAUUUGGAUAUUUGGAGUUUGAGUCAGAUUGAAACAUUUUUUUGUCACCACUUGCUACUAUUUUGCAUGGGGGAUUGAGUUUGAAUCAUAAGGAGUCAUACAAUAUAUAGAAUUCGUGGAAGCAGCAAAAUUUUGUCCUACCAAUAUCUAUUUCCCCAUCAAAUAUUACGUUGUAAAAUUAUGAUAACUCCAUACACUUUUUUCAAUUUUUUUUUAAUUUCCUUUUUUUUUUUGGGUUCAAAAAUGAAAGGCACAGGGGGCUCUUGUCGCAGUCACUGCUGACUAAAAAACCACCUCUUUUUUCUUUUAACAAAAAAUUCUCCAAAUUUCCUACUUUUGUUUGAUGUAUGCUUUAAAAUAAGGCUUAUUUUGAGCAGAAAGUAUUGAAUUCCAAGUGGGUUUUUGAUAAAUUUUGAAGCUUUUAGGUUUGUUCGAGGCUUUUUUUGAGUUUGGAAGAUCAAAAUUGUUUGUUUUGAGAAAUGGGUAGUAGAAAAGAAGAAGAAAGAAACGAGAAGAUAAUAAGAGGUCUCAUGAAGCUGCCUCCUAAUCGUCGUUGUAUUAACUGUAACAGCUUGGGUCCUCAGUAUGUUUGCACCAAUUUUUGGACUUUCGUUUGCAUGACUUGCAGUGGGAUACAUCGUGAGUUUACUCAUCGUGUAAAGUCCGUAUCAAUGUCAAAGUUCACUUCAAAGGAAGUUGAAGCUCUUCAGAAUGGUGGUAAUCAGCGUGCAAGAGAAAUAUAUCUUAAGGAUUGGGACCUGCAGAGGCAAAGAUUGCCUGACAGCAGCAAUGCUGACAAAAUCCGAGAGUUUAUAAAGAAUGUAUAUGUGGACAGAAAAUAUGCUGGAGGAAAAACACCUGACAAGCCUCCAAGAGACAUUCAGAGCCUUAGAAAUCAUGAAGAUGAGAUAAGACGUGCCAGUUCUUAUCAUUCUUAUUCUCAAAGUCCACCUUAUGACCAUCAGUAUGAAGAUCGGCGUUAUGGAAAACAAGCUGCUGCUGUGCUUUCUAGGAAGCCUGGUUCUGAUCGAGGCCAUUAUGCAGGGAAAGUUUCUAGUUUUCUCUACAGUCCUGGUCACUCAAGUGAUCAAAUGUUUGAGGACAGGUUUGCAAAUGAGGGUUCUGCUCCUAGAGUUUCAGACUACUUUUUAUCCAGCGGAGGUGAUCCAUUCAAAUCUGGUACAGGGUCACCAAAUUUUCAGAAGGAUAUUGGAUUUGGCAGCCCAACUGCUCAACCUCCAAGAGAUGUUUUAAGUGAAAAUACCCGACAUUUAUUUGUGGAUCCAAGUUCCAAGAAAGAUGCUGGAGGGAUUCCACGGCCACAGAGAACUAAAUCCAUGGGAAGUUUUGGGUCAUUUGAUAGCAAUUCCAUGUCUGUCAAGUCAUAUAACUCAGGCAUUGGACUGGAUGUUGUCUCUGCACCUGAACAAACUGCUAGGUCCUAUCAUGAUAAAGCAUCUACUUUUGCCCAAUCAUCUGUUCCUGUGAAUUAUGGUGGCCUGGAUCUCUUUAAUGCACCUGAGUUUUGUGCCACUCCACCUAUAGAUUUGUUUCAGUUGCCUGGAACCUCAUCAGUUUCAUCCAAAGAUAUAUUUCAACCUGUGGCAGUAUCUUCAAUGCCACCUGGGAAUUUAUGUCAGCCUCCCCCAUCUACUCCAUCUAUAGACUUAUUUGCUGGAAUUGCUGAGCAGCCCCCAGCUGCAGGUUUUGAUGGAAAAUCACCAGAGUUAACUGUGCCUAAAAAUGAAGGAUGGGCAAAGUUUGAUACUCCUCAGCAUGCAACAUCUGAUCGAGUUACCAAAAAUCUUUUACCUGCUGUAAUGCCCAGUGAUGGAGAUUUGUCAGCGAAGUUAGACCCAUCAUCGUCCAUAAACACAACCUUGCAGUGGCCAUUGUUUGAAAAUUCUAGUGCUCUCGGGGCUCCUUCAGCAAUGUCUAGUCAAUGGCAAGAGGGCUUGCAUGAUGGUCAAGCCUCCAUUGCUGCAACCAGUACUCAGGUAGUAGUGUACGAUCAUUUGGCCACCACUGAUCAACAUUUGGGCUUGGGAGUUUCAGAGAAACUUGAAAACGAUGGCAUCCAAACAGCUGCCUCCCAUGCUGAUUUCCCUGCUGCUAUUCUAUCAUCAGAGGAUGGCAUAGCACCAUCAUAUACUGCAUCGGUGAAUCCACUUUUGGGAGAGAAACAGUUGAAUGCUGCUGAUCGUAAAUCAACCAACCCAUUUGAUCUUCCUUAUGAUUCUGAAUUGGAACAAAGUGAUAUGUUCUUGGAUAUGAGUUCAUUGCAAACCGCACUUCCUAAUGCUCAGUUGCCAUCUACGUUUGUUGGUGUUGUAUCACAACCAUGGUUUCCUCUGAAUCCAGUGACUCCAUAUAUCCCAGCUACACCACAAGGUGGCUUAGCAUACAUGUCUGGCCAAGCACCAACUUCUCAAUUAUUGAAUGUCCCAGCCCAGGGGCCUGUUGCUUCCAUCGGAGGAAAUCCUUUUGCAUAGAAUUCUACCGGCAAAACUAGCAUUUUAGUACUUUUUCUGUCAACGGUGGUUUCCUGGUGCCAAAAUGUAGCCGAUCUCUUGGUACAUUAGAGUAUUAAAUCUACUGUGAAGUCAUUCCAAUUUUUCCUUGCGAAAAAUAAUACAUUGCCUAGGCCGAAAAUUCGUUUUCAUGUUCGAUGUCUUUCAGGCCUCUUGUUUGUAUGUGAGUUAUGUUAGAAGCAGUGAUGCAGCUAGGAGAGUGGUAGGGGAGAUGGGGUUUUUAUGGUUCUUAGGGUGGCAAAGAUUUGAAUGUGUUGUAAUUGUGCCGGUUGAUAGGCUUUCUCGGUUUUUCUUGUUUGCUGCUUUUCUAUUUUGAUUGUUUUGCUUUGUUACAAAUAUGGAGAGAUCUCCAGCAAAUCUUGAACUAGUUUUCUCUUCAUUCCUCUACGGUUACGUAUAUAAGUUUAUUUUUAUAUAU